GAUGUGCCUUCGUAAUCAUCGCUAAGCCAACGUCAAAGAACUGAUAACAUAAAUCUCAAAAAGUUUGAAUACAACUUCAGAAAAAAAGUUUCCGCGAUAAUCCUGGCCGGUAAAAAUAGAUGCCCGAUAAUUUGGAAAAGGAAAAGUUUGAGGUUAGGCUGUGGCUUGCUGGCGGCGGUGGAUCUGGGUGGGGUGCGCGGGCGCCGUCGCGCAGCGCAGCCCGCUCGGCUGGGCCAUGGGCAGCUCGCAGCGCCUCGCCGCCGUGGCCGCGGCCUCGCACGCGCGCCACUAUAACCACAGCCACGAGGUGCUGCAGACUGAGACUGCGCAUUAUAAUGUCAACAUACUCUUUGUCAGUGCGACGUUAUGCGGGGUGCUAGUGGCGGUGUGCGCCGCGUGCUGGCGACGCUCCCCGUCCUCGAACAAGCCUGAAGACGUGUCCGAAGUUAGCGGGGUCUACACUGUCAGCGGAGACAGCAGGCUUAACCAGGUCGUGGAACCCCCUCCCGGCCCUCCCCCCGCCUACGACACCGUGGUCGACUGCCCCGCCGAACCGAAGGACUGUUCCUUACAAGAGGUGACAACAGAGUCUUGCAGCCGCUGCAAGCCGCGCUGCGACAGCGGGCUGCCGUCAUACGAAGCUGCCGUGAUGCUGAAAGACACUAAGUUAUAAUCCCGCGUGAACCCCACCAGCACCCU